GCCAGCAGCAUCCUCAGUUCUCCCAAUGGCCCUCCUGCUCUGUUUACUGACAGCCCUGGUGGUGUUCGGCUGUGGCCCUGCUCUAUCUCUGGGCUGUGAUCUGCCUCAAAACCACAGCCUGGCUAGUGAGAAAACCGUUGACCUUCUGGACCAAAUGCAGAGACUCCCCACUUUCUUCUGUCUGAAUGACAGAAAGGACUUCAGAUUCCCCCAGGAGAUGGUGGAUGGCAGCCAGCUCCAGAAGGCCCAGGCCAUCGCUUUCCUCCACGAGAUGCUCCAGCAGAUCUUCGAACUCUUCCAUAGAAAGGACUCCUUUUCUCCUUGGAACACUACCCGCCUGCACCAGGUCCUCAGUGGACUCCUUAAACAGCAGAAAGACUUGGAGACCUGCUUCGUGCAGGCAAUGGAAGAGGAAAAAUCUGUCCUGCCCAUUGAGGCCCCUGAAGCGGCUGUGAAGGAGUACUUUGAGGGAAUCUGUUCCUAUCUGAAAGAGAAGGAAUACAGUGAGUGUGCCUGGGAAGUAGUCAGAGUGGAAAUCAGGAGAUCCUUUUCUUCUUCGACAAAAUUGCAAGAAAGGUUAAGAACAAAGGAUGGUGACGUGAGUUCAUCUUGACUUCACUUACAAUGACUGAUAUGCCCUAUCGCACUUGCAUGCAUAUCUCUGGUCAUUUCAGAAGAUGCUUAUUUCUGCUCUAGUCACAAUUUAUGAGUUUAAAUCCAGCUAUUUCUUUGACAGCAGUAUUAAAAAAGUAUAUGAGAAAAAUAUUCAGCUCCAAGGACAUCAGUCUUUAGGAGAUGACUGUCCUGAC